ACGAAACUAUACCUUCAAAAAAACAGAAUCAAUUCGCACCUAGACACCCAUUUAGAUUAUUGGUUGCGGGCACCUCUGAGUCUGGAAAGACGAGCAUGGUAGUACAUCUGCUCCUAGGAAGUAAAUAUCCAAAAAUAUAUCCGUGGAUGUCUGGUGAAAAACAUGGUUAUAAAAUACCAAAAGGAGGGAGCAAAAAUUUUGGUGAAAGGUAUAUUCCGUGUGAUGAUCUAAUUGUUGUUGCGCAACAUCAAGAUGAAGAGUUAUGGGAAGCGGUACAAUGUUUUUAUGAAUUUAUAGCUAUGGAUAAGCAAGCUCCAUGGUACGAAAAUGUGAGAUUCAAGCUGAUCGGGCCUGGAGAGUUACCUAAUAUUUCAUCUUUUAAAGAAACAGGCCGAUUCACUCUUAUAAUAUUUGAUGAUCUUGCCG